AUGGCGACAUUCAUCAACUCUUUCAACCUCUUGGACGAGAAUGAGCUCAUCGGCAUUGUCGAUGCGAAGGCGGAGGAUGCAUUUAUGGCAGUAGUGAAGAAGAACAAGGAAGAGGAGAAAAAGAAGAAGGCGGAGGAGGUGAAAAAAAUGAAGAAGCCACAAGGGCAGCGGAAGACAGAGUUUUGGUACUCUAAUCCCAGGCCAAUUCGAGCAAAGCGUCUUGUGCUUCCCCGCAGUUUUCUCAAAAGCCAGAUUGUUCUUUGCAAAAACAAAGAUCAAGAUCAAGGCCAAGGCAACGGCGUGCAGGUUAAGGAUUCAGCACAGUCUGGUCCAAGUACUGGCCAGUCCCAGAAUGGUGCUGAUCCUAAAGCUGUAAGACCUGAGUCCAGUACUGCUAGUACUGGCUCUGAGGGGUCCAAUCAUUACAGUGGCUCUCCUCAGAGGGCUAAUGGAGGCCAAUAUUAUGGAAGGUCUAAUCGCGGUCAUAAUUAUCCGAGGCGAUAUUACCAAGAGGGUAAUGGUAGUUAUGAAGGGAGGGGUCAGAGUCACGUAGAAGAAGGAGGAAAGAUUAAUAAUGGAGGCCAAAAUUAUGGAAGGGCUAAUCAUGGUUAUAAUUAUCCGAGGCGAUAUUACCAAGAGAGUAAUGGGGGAGGUUAUAAUGGUAAUUAUGAUCAGCAGAGGGCUCAAGACGGUUUUCGGAAUGAGAGGGGUAGGUGGUGGAGAGGUAAUGGUUACCAAGGAAGAGGAAGAUACUUUGAAGCUGAAAAUAACCAUGGUAACAAUAAUGGGUUGGGGUUGGAGAAGGAGGAGGAGGGGGCUCAAGUUGUUGUCGAGAAGGAGCAACAAGAACAGGGUGGUGUGGAAGAGGGGAAUAUGCAGCAACAAGUACAGAGUAAUGGCGUCAAUGAAAGCAGCAACAAGAGUUCUUCUGAAGGAAAGAAAAAGCCGAACAUUAAUGGAAGUCUACGGAGAAAGCUGAAGAAGCAAAAAAAGGAAGCAGAGGCUAACAAAAACCAAGGCGACAACAAUGCUGCAGUAGCUCCUGAAGGUACCGGUGCUGCUGUAAGUUCUAUUUCUGUUCAGAAAAAGUUUACUGAUACAUUCACUUUGAAAGAAUAUGAGGAGGAGGUUGCCAAAAAAAAGGAUGUGGAAGUUGUGAAAAAAAGCUCUGAUGGCGAUUGUGAUAGGACUGAGACUCUUGUUAAGGAAUUUGAAUCGAUGCGAGUUAUUGGGAAGAAGAAAUUGGAGGAGGAGAAGAAGGUCUCUGUCCCCAAGCCCCAAGACAAGUCUGCAGAGGUGAACAGGAAGAAAGAUGGUGCUAACGUGAAGAUCAAGACACAGACUAUUAACAUCAAUGAAUUCCACAGACCACAGAACAAGAAAAAAGAUGGUGUUCCUGAAGGACAUGAUUCACAGAAGGAUGGUAGAAUUGAAGGACAUCAUCAUUCACAGAGGGAUGGUAGAAUUGAAGCACAUCAUCAUUCAGAGAGGGGUAGAUUUGAAAGAAAUCAUCACUCACAGAGACAGAGGGAUGGUAGAUUUGAAGGACAUCAUUCACAGGGAGAUGGCAGAUUUAAAGGACAUCAUUUACAGACGCAUGGUAGAUUUGAAGGGCAUCGUUCACGGCAACCCCCUGUGAAAAAGUCUGCUUCAUUCGAAAUAGAUGAAGGCCAAUUUCCAGACUUGGGGAAAAUCCAGAAUAUUAACUGUAAAAAAAUUGAAAUAGAAGAGAUGGCAUAG